AUGACUCUAGAAGUCAACAUUUUUCACAUUGCUAAGCAACCAAUGGAAAGUGAUGAGUGCCAGCACACACAUAUGAUUGAGGCACUCACUCAGGAGGAGGCACUUGAGACUACAAAUUGUGACCCCUUAAAUCUUUUUCUUUUGAAUUCUGCAAUUCCAGCAAGUGUUAAUGAUAAAGAAUAUGCUAACAUUUGUGCUAUUUUUGCAAAAUUUCAGGACUAUGGGACAUCACAAUGGCAACCCAAAUUUGAAGAAUUGCCAGAAAGGACGGGCAGCCAGCAACCAUCAAACAUUGAGAGCCCCAAACCAGCUUUGAAACCGCUACCCCCAGGAUUGAAACAUGAAUUCCUUGGACCAGGUGAUACUUUUCCUGUAAUUAUUUCUUCAAAAUUGGAUGCAUUACAAUGUGAGCAACUUUUAAACAUUCUGAAUGAACACAAAUCUGCAUUAGGUUGGACCAUAGCUGACAUUAAGGGUAUUAGUCCUCUAAUUUGCUCACAUAGGAUUCAUUUAGAAGAAGGAGCCACCCCUAAAAGAGACCCACAGCGUAGGCUAAACCCGACAAUGAAAGAAGUUGUGAAAAAUGAAGUGCUAAAACUGUUAGAUGCAGGUAUGAUUUAUCCUAUUGCAGAUAGUAAAUGGGUUACCAAUUUUGAAUGGACCCCAGAAUGCCAAGAGGCAUUUAAAACACUGAUUAACAAGCUCACUUCUGCACCGAUCAUGCAACCACCUGAUUGGUCCCUACCGUUUGAAAUUAUGUGUGAUGCUAGUGAUUAUGCGGUAGGUGUUGUACUGGGACAACGAAGAGAGGGUAAGCCUUUUGUCAUUUACUACGCUAAAUUUGACAUCACCAUCAAAGACAAGAAAGGAGUGGAGAAUGUCGUAGCAGACCACUUAUCAAGGCUAACCUUUGAAGAUACUACAAACACCUUGCCAAUAAGAGAUGAAUUUCCAGAUGAAAAUUUAUUUUCUGUCUCUUCUUUACCAUGGUUUGCUCACAUUGUGAACUACUUGGCUGCAGGUGAAAUCCCAAAGGAGUGGAGUACAAAGGAUAAGAGGAAGUUUUUGGUUCAGGUACGUAAUUUUUAUUGGGAUGACCCAUGUUUGUUUAAGUACUGCCCCGACCAAAUAUUAAGACGUUGUGUCCCCAAUGAAGAAAUACCUAGCAUACUUAGUUUCUGUCAUACUCAAGCAUGUGGUGUGGAUUAUGUGUCUAAAUGGGUAGAGGCGGUCGCUUGUAGAGCUAAUGACAAUAAAACGGUUAUUAAAUUCCUCAAAGAAAAUGUCUUGUCUAGGUUUGGUACACCACGUGUCAUUUUUAGUGACAGAGGCACACACUUUUGCAACCGUUCAUUCGAAGCACUAAUGAAAAAAUAUGGAGUUAUCCAUAAAAUCUCUACUACUUACCACCCCCAAACUAGUGGACAGGUAGAAUUGGCUAAUAGGGAAAUUAAACAAAUUUUGGAAAAAACGGUGAAUCCUAAUCGUAAAGAUUGGUCUUUAAGAUUAAGUGAUGCACUUUGGGCUUACUGUACUGCUUUUAAGACUUCCCUAGGCAUGUCACCAUAUAGACUUAUUUUUGGAAAGCCUUGCCAUUUACCUGUGGAGCUUGAACACCGAGCAUAUUGA